AUGCGUUUGAACGAGAACCCGGCGGUGCAAGCCGAGUCCGCCCUACUGAGUCGCCGACGCCGCCGUAAAUCAAUGCCCUCGCGCAACGAUCCAACUUCCCCCGAAGUCAUUUCCUCGCUCAUUUCCUCCCUGUCCGCUAUUUCAGUGCCCUUGAACUCCCAUUUCGAUACCGUUCCCAAGAUCGACUCAGAUUCAGACCCGGGCUUGCCUGAAGUACCCCAUACCGCCCCGGUCUAUACCAUCCCCCCGUCCGAACAACAUGGGUUUGGCAUGAGCUACGGUGCAUAUAAACCAACCACGGAGACCCCCGAACCACCCGCCCCAUUCUUGCACCCUGAUGAUGCAGCAUCGUCGCCUGUCAUUCGCAUGGCCAGGGCGCCCCCGUCACCAAAGUCUCCUCGAUCUCCAAGAUUUAGGCCUUUCAAAUCAGACUCAACGCGUCCUGCCUCCAGGGACUCGUUCGCCUCGACGAUAGGUCCGGAGGAAACAUCGUUCGGAACCAUCACCACAGAACCCGGUCCGCGCCCGUCAAUCGCGCCGAGUAUCGCAUCCACGGGGUCAACGGGUCGAGCACGGAGCCUGAAGGGCCAAUUUGGAUUGUUGAAGAAGUCCUCGUCGCGCGAGUUUUCGAGUGAGAGAGAUCCGCAAAUAGAGCGUCUGCGGCGGACGAUCAGCCACAACGACGGGCUGCGACAUAUGCCGCGCAGCCGAGCGAGUUUGCGCUCAUUGCAUUCCAUGGCCGAAGUAAAGGAGGAGUCGCGCCCCUCGGGUCUCCGGGAAGAUCUCUUCGAGGAAAGGGCUAGCACCCCACCAUCCCAUGACCUGCAAUCGCUUCACACUCCGGAUGCUGGGAGCCCCGGUGGGAUCGGCAGUGGGAGAAUCAUCCCCACCCGGGACUCAUCGGUGCGGCAUCGACAUAGUCAAUCGUCAGGUUCGAGAAAGCACCGAUCCACUCGUCACAGUAGAUAUCCCUCGACAGCAAGCAAGGAAUCUUCGGCGGCGAACGGGUUGCCCGGAACCAGCAACGAUGCCGAGCAGGUAACAAAGCGGAUUCAAGAAUUGAAAGACCAGCAGCAGAAAAUUAAGACUGAGUUGGAGGUUGACAACAGCCCUGAAAGCUCGGCCAAGACCACACCAGUGAAGUUGGUGAAACCCAAGGUCUCAAAGGCGUCACGCGUACUAGGUCACGAUGUCAACCAAGCCACGAUCCAUGAUGGCCCCGGCGAAUGCCCCCCACUGGAUGAAAGUGCCCCGUCACCAGCUGUGAUGACAGGCAAGAAUCGCGGAGGUCGGCCAGGUCCACCCAUCUCAUCGAAGUCCACCAACUUGCCACCAUUGUUGUCGAAAAUGUCCGGGGAGAGACCAGAGUCUGAGAGGGCUCGAUACAGACGAUCUCUCGAGCCCGUCGCCCCAACUCAUCGUCGUACUCCUUCUGGUCAUCUAUCGCACGUGUCGCAUGUGUCUAAUGGGCGUCACUCGUUCAAUACCGAACGACCAUCCAGUGCCGAUUCGAUUGAUCUUGCGGUGGAUGACUACAUGUUCUCUCCGAAAUUGACCCAGCGGGUGAUCCAUCCUACCAGUGGUCGCUCCAUUGCGUUCUCCGAAGUUGGUGACCCCAAAGGCCAUGUCGUGCUUUGUUGUGUUGGCAUGGGCCUCACCCGGUAUCUCAUGGCGUUCUACGAUGAAUUGGCCCGGACCCUGAAUCUACGCUUGGUGACAUUGGAUCGCCCCGGAGUUGGCGAGAGCGGCCCGCAUCAAAAUGACGAGCCCACCACCCCUCUCAGCUGGCCAGAUGAUGUUGCCAUUGUAUGCAACCACCUGCGCGUCACCAAAUUCUCUAUCCUCGCCCACUCCGCCGGAGCAAUCUACGCUCUCGCAACGGCCCUUCGCAUCCCCCAGCAUAUCCGCGGCCGCAUCCACCUCCUAGCUCCAUGGAUCCCGCCAUCCCAGCUAUCCACACUCGGCUCCCAGAAAGACCCUGCACCUACCAACGCCGUCCCCUAUACUCAAAAGAUCCUCCGUGCCCUGCCCACCUCACUCCUUAAAGUGGCCAACUCAAGCUUCAUGACUGCAACCAGCGCCAGUAUCACAGCCAGCCUUCCCAAGUCUCCGCGUCGAUCCAAGCGCAAGGCAGCGAAAGAAGCCAAAGAAGUCGCCAACCCAAUCGUCCCACACAUCCCUCCCAUCGAGACAAACUUCAACCGAGAGGAAACCAUGUCCGACAUCAAAUCCUCGGUGGUAACCACGCACCACAAAAGCGACACAACCCUCGCAUUGCGCGCCAAGUCCUCAGAAGAAGAAAUCGAGCGCAAACGCGACUACGACACUCGCCUAACAUACAAAAUCUGGGAACGCGCAACCACAAACGCCAAUCCCUCCGUCGACCUGCUCAUCUGUCUGGAGCGCCGUCAAACAAUCGGCUUCCGCUAUGUGGACAUCACCCGAUCAGUAGUGAUCCACCACGGUCGCAAAGACCCCCGAGUCCCAGUUGAAAACGUCCAAUGGCUCGGCAAAACCAUGCGAAGAUGUGAAGUGCGCAUCCUCGAAGGCGAGGGUCAUGGCCUUAUGGCCUCAGCUGGUGUCAUGGGCAGUGUGUUGACUGAAAUUGCUCGGGAGUGGGAGGAUUGGACGAUUCUCGUUCAAGGGAAACGACGUACUAAUCAUGCAAGACCUGGAUUAUCCAUCCAGACUUGA